GCAUGCGCAUUUUUGCCAAAGUGAUGGGAUUUGAACAAGAUGGAACCAUACCGCCUUUUGAAAUUUACUGAUAGGCUUUAAUUUUGGCAGUAUUAGUUAAACUUAUUGUGAAUAUUACUAGGGAUUAGUAAUGCUACAUUCAUAUAUGUUCUAACGUAUAUUUUGACAGGUGUAUUUUUUCGGUAGUAGAGUGGAAACGUAGCAAAUCUGCGUAACGUAAGCCUAAGUUAGUACUAGAAAGGAUGACUUCGAUCAUCAAACUUCAGGCCCUGUCUGGGGUGAACGAUGAAACUCCACAUUGUUAUCUUCUUCAAGUGGAUGAAUUUAAAGUGUUGUUGGACUGUGGAUGGGAUGAAAACUUCAGUUUGGGAUUUGUGAAAGAGCUUAAGAAAUACAUGAAUCAAGUGGAUGCUGUGCUUCUUUCCUAUCCUGAUGUUUUACACUUGGGAGCACUGCCCUACAUGGUUGGAAAGUGUGGCUUGAAUUGUCCGAUAUAUGCUACUAUUCCUGUGUACAAAAUGGGACAGAUGUUUAUGUAUGAUUUGUUUCAGUCUCGACACAAUAGUGAGAAUUUUGAAUUGUUUACUUUAGAUGAUGUUGAUGCCGCUUUUGAUAAAAUAAUUCAGUUGAAAUAUAACCAGUCUAUCAGUUUAAAAGGCAAAGGUCAAGGAAUCUCAGUGACACCACUUGCUGCAGGUCACAUGAUCGGUGGAACAAUUUGGAGAAUAAUUAAAGAUGGUGAAGAGGACAUUGUCUAUGCUGUUGAUUUCAACCAUAAAAAGGAACGACAUUUAAAUGGCUGUGUUCUUGAAAGUGUAACUCGCCCUUCAUUACUCAUAACUGAUGCUUAUAAUGCUGCUUACAACCAAGCACGUAGAAGACAAAGGGAUGAACAGUUAAUGACUAACAUACUUCAAACAUUGAGGAACAGUGGGAAUGUGUUAAUUGCAGUAGACACAGCUGGGAGAGUGCUUGAACUUGCGCAUAUGCUGGACCAGCUCUGGAGAAACCAAGAUUCUGGGUUGAUGGCCUACUCUCUUGCAUUACUUAACAAUGUUAGCUAUAAUGUAGUGGAAUUUGCAAAAUCACAGGUUGAAUGGAUGAGUGACAAAAUUAUGAGAACCUUUGAAGGUGCUCGAAACAAUCCAUUUCAGUUCAAGCAUCUGCAGCUCUGCCAUAGCCUUCCAGAAUUAAAUCGUGUUCCAGAUCCAAAGGUAGUAUUAGCCAGUAGUCCAGAUUUGGAGUGUGGGUUUUCCAGAGAACUUUUUAUUCAGUGGUGUACCAACCCUCGCAACAGUAUCAUCCUAACCAACCGAACUUCACCAGGUACACUGGGGCGUCAACUGAUCCAAAAUCCAAACCAGUGCACUGUCACAAUAUUGGUGAAACGCAGAGUCAGAUUGGAGGGAGCUGAGCUUGAAGAUUACAUGAGGAAAGAGAAAGAAAAAGAACUAGAAGCAGCAAAGCUGAAAGCAGAAAAAGGAGGUGACAUGGAAGACUCUGAUUCUAGUGAAGAUAGUGAUAUUGAAAUGGAAGUAGAUAUUGUAGGGAAAGCUAAGCAUGAUCUGAUGAUGAAAACAGAAGGCAAGUCAAGGGGUGGUGGUUUUUUCAAACAAGCCAAGAAGUCCUAUCCAAUGUUUCCAGUGAGAGAGGAAAAAAUUAAGUGGGAUGAUUAUGGUGAAAUAAUUAGACCUGAAGAUUUCAUGAUUUUGGAUAUCAAUCCUACUGAAGAUGAAAAUAAAGAAAACAGGGAAGAAAAUGAUGAAACUUUACAAGACAUUACCGAAGUACCUACAAAAUGUGUUGCUGUCAGUCAGACUUUAGAUAUUAAUGCUUCUGUGCAGUUUAUUGACUUUGAAGGAAGGUCAGAUGCAGAGUCCAUUAAGAAGAUCAUAUCCAUGUGUAAACCUCGUCGCUUAAUUCUUGUACGAGGGAGUCCUACAGCUAUAGACAGCCUUGCCAGUUACUGUCAAAAUAGUGGCUUAGUGCAAGGCAAAGUAUUUAUUCCUAAACUAUAUGAAUGGGUAGAUGCCACAACAGAAAGCCAUAUAUAUCAGGUUAAAUUAAAAGAUUCUUUGGUUAGUUCACUGAACUUUGCCAGGGCUAAAGAAGCAGAACUAGCUUGGGUUGAUGGUGAGAUUGUGAUGGUGGAAGAUGAGUACCUUAUUGAUCUUGAGAAGGAAGAACUCAAGAAAGAAAAGGAAGAAGUGGAAGAAGAAGAGACAGGCUCUAGAGAACUUAUUCCAACACUUCAGCCUUUACCAACAUCUCUGGUGUGUGGACAUCCAUCAAUGUUUAUUAAUGAACUAAAGCUUUCUGACUUCAAGCAAGUUUUACUUCGGAAUGGUAUUCAAGCUGAGUUUUCUGGAGGUGUUCUUUACUGUAACAGUGUGGUAGCAAUCAGAAAGAAUGAAGCAGGACGGAUCAACUUAGAAGGAUGCUUAUGUGAAGAUUAUUACAAAGUGAGAGACCUGCUUUACGAACAGUAUGCCAUUAUUUGAUCACAUGAACUAACUUAUCAUCUGUGCAUAGCUGUAUCUUCAUAACAUAAUUAAGGGUUAAAAAAUCAUGACAGUCCUUUUGUGAAAAAGUAUUUUCAUUCGUUUAAUAAACCAAAAAUUGUAAUUA